AUGUCGUACUUGAAAAGCUUCUUUGGCGGUGCUGAGGAGCAAAGUCCUGACAACUCGGAGCUGGUCGAAAAGUUUGUAGAACGUCUGGAAACAUGUACAACAUUAACGGACAAGAAGAAUGCUCUUAAGGGCUUAAGAUCGUGCGCUAAAGUGAGUUCUUGACUAUAUCUUUUUGUGAGUAUUAGGCAAAAUUAUCAGACUUGGGAAUAUUAUUCAUAUAGUAAAGAAGGAGGUAAUGCGGGGGAAACUAAUGAACUUUCGUAAAUUAUAAGUAAUUACUUUUAGAAUGCACGACUUCUGGUGGCUACAGCUGGAAUGCACAUGUACAUGGAGAUAUUAGACAGCGAAGAAGAGUUGGACAUUGUGGCAUCUGUGUUGGAUAUUUUAAAUGCUGUUUUGGGUGAUGAUGAAGAUAAUCUGGAAGAGGAUAUUUGUGACCGUUUGGCUGAACUGAUUGUUCGGAAGCCCGUCUUUAUGCCAGCAAUUCUAAGAUGCUUGGAAAACGAACAUUUUAGCGUUAGAAAGUAAGUUUUUGAAUGUUUUUUUUAUUUUUAGAUAUGAAAUUGACAAUUGAACACGCAAAAAUGGAUUUUUAAAUGAUAUAACAAGCUAUUACAUGUUAUUUUUUCUAGAAAUGCAGUUCAACUUCUAACCACAUUACUACGUCAUCGAGCUGGUGAAGUUCAAGAAGCGAUUGUCAAAGAUCCGACUGGAACAUGUAGGGUAGUUGAACUCUUGAAUGAAAAGAGAGAAGUAAUCAGAAAUCAUGUAGUUUUGAUGUUGUCCGAACUCAGCAGGGGAAAUGUUCAACUUCAACAACUGUUGGUGUUCCAGAACUGUUUCCAACUUUUGUUCUCGAUUAUUGAAAGAGAACCAUCAGAUAGUAUUGUAGUAGAAGACUGUCUGUUUGUUAUCUUGAACUUGUUGAAGAAGAACUCCAAUAAUCAGGAAUUGUUUAGGGAAGCUAGGUAAGUUGGCAAAAUUUUGUUUUAGUUAAUUUUAUAAAAGUUUAGGUAACAUUUUUGUAAAAAAAUAAAAUUUAUCAACAUACUGAUUUUGAUACACUUUGUGAUGAAGUUAAAACUUAUAAAUAAGUAAUCUGCUUAUUUUAGUUUGAUUAAUCAGCUUCUUAACUUGACCAAUUUGUUCCUGUAUCCUCCAGAAGAGUUUGACGAAGGACCUGAAGCUGAUUGGUUACCUCAAAAGACUGCUAACUUUAUUUUUAUUCUUCAAGUGAUACGAACAUUGGUAUCACCAACUGAUAACACUCAUUCCAAUACCCACGCUGCUCAAAGAGCUAUUUUACAAACCGGUAAGAGCGGUGUGGCAUUCUAUAUGAUAAUAUAGAUUGUAAAAUUGUACAUAUGUCAUUUGGAAGUUGUCGUGGUUCUUUAUGUUUAACAUUGUAGGAAAUGCAAUUGUUUUGAAGGUUAUGAUAUUGGCUAAACUUUGAAUUAUGUUAAUUUAGGUUUGAUUCAACUAUUGGUAAAGACUUUACUGUCUGAAUUUGUGGUUACUGUAGAUGUAUUAAGUGAAACUGCUGUCACUGUAGCUGAUGUGAUUAGGGGAAAUUAUGCUAAUCAACAAUUCUUUGCCUCAAGCACGAUUCAAACUCCAGAAGGCGAAAAGUGGGUUUUAUUUAUUUAAAUUUACUAAAAAUUUAAAAAAGAGUACGCGUAUUAUCACUGUACGGUAUUUUAUUUCUAAUUUGACAAUUUUUUGUAGAUCUGCUUUGAUGGUAUUGCUGAUGUCAAUGACUACAGAAAAACAACUGUUCCGGUUAAGAUGUUCAGUAUUCUAUUGUUUCUUGUGUUAUUUGUACGGUAAUGACACUGGAAAGCAGCGGGUAGGUUUACUUUACUUAUUAUUUUAAAACUUUUUUAGUUAAUAGUUUAUAUUUUUAAAAUGCCGUUUUUAGAUCAUCAAUACUCUUCUUCCAUCAGCUGAUUCAGAAGCCAAAGAAAAGGGUUUGGACCAUGACUUGUGGCAUUAUCUUUGUGCUGCCAUAAUGAGUGCAGAGUCAGUUCAGGUCUGGUUUGGUGCUGUUUGUCUGAUCUACACUUUGUACGAUGCUGAUCACUUGAAGCCUCAACUCUUACGGGUUCAGAUGUCGACGAUGCCAGGAGAAGAGCCAAGUUCUCUUCUGAAUCACAUUGGCAAUCUUUUGGUUUCAUUGGGUGCCAGAAGACUUCAAACUCGUUGUGCAUUGUUAAUGUUGUUGGGGGUGUGGUUGUUGAAUUGUGGUGAAGCGGUGGAGGAGUUUGUUCAAGAUGAAAGAUAUUUGGAAUACUUGACGUCGCAUCUAAACAAUACUAACACCGAGCUGAAGGAAGGCGAAAGUCAGGUGUUGAAGGGAUUGAUGGCAUUUGUACUCGGAGUUUGUGUUCAUCAUUACGAUUCUAUCGACAAUGCCGAGAAAAAGUAAGAACAAUUUCUAGUAUUUAAACUAUUUUUUUUAUAAAAAGGUCAUAUAUUCUAGAAUUCAUUUCUGCUUUAUAUAUUACUGUGCUUAUGUUUUGUUCUAACUCAUUUCCUUAUUUUAGGAAGAAGUUGAUGGACACAAUUCAAAGAAGAACGGGCAUUGAUCAAGUGGCAGAAGGCAUUGAUUCUUUAUCUAAAUCUGAGUUUUAUAUCAGGGCAGCUCAAAAACCAUUGCCAGCGGGCGCAAAUGCUCAUGAACUCUUAUUGGAAUAUCAAUUUGUAAAAAUAUUUAAAAGUUAUGAAAGUAGGUUUUCAUUUUUUAAUAUUUUCACCUUCAAAGACAGGCCUGGUAGUUACGGUUUCAGUAAUUUUUAAAUUGGUUUAAUUAUAGAAAAAUUUUAUAAAAUUGUUGUUUACUUUGGAGACUUUUGUAACAAUAUAUUACUUUUAGGUACAUUAAUGAAGAUUUUCCGUCCGAACGGAGAUCUUCAAUCAACUCCUUCCAACAAUGAUGCUGUUGUCGCUUCUUAUAAAAAACUGAUCAAACAACAAGAUGAACAAAUAGCUGGUCUGAAACAAGAGUUGGACCAUCUCAAGACCAGUCCAAAAGAGAAUGGCACUCCAGUCGACCAAGAAGUAUGGGAAUUUGUGGACAUUGUGCGGUUUCUUUUCUUUUGUGUUUCUUUUGUUCAUGUUUUGUGUUGCUGACAGCUUGUAGGAUAACAUUAAAAUGAUUUUCUCUGUUUCAGCCAAAGAACAAGGAGUCUACAGCUGCCGAGAUUCAGAAUCUGAAGGGGGAAAACAACGAUCUGAAGGAGAGAUUAAGGCUGAAGGAAGAGGAAUGCAUAAAGUUUGCUGGAUUAGCUAAUCAAGCUGAACAAAUGACUACGUAAGGCUUUUAUUAAAAUAUAAGGAAUUAUGGUGAGAGCUACAAUAUUGGUAUGAUAGUUUCUGAGCGUUACUUGUAUUUUUAGCAUUGCACGACAAUGGCAAUCAGAAGCCGAACGUUACAAGGCUUUUGCCGAACAAUGGCGAACAUAUCAGAUAGGUCAGUUACCAAACCCUCAAGAUGCUGUAGUAGCUCAAUUAACUUCACAAAUCGCCCAAAUGGAACAACAACUAAAAUACGGAUGGGAAUGUUUUGAAGGUCAGAGCAAGACUUACUCUCAAGUUGUCGAAGAGCUGGAAAGAACAAAAACAGAAGUUCAACGGCUAAAUUGUGCUCUGGAAGAUGCUAACAAGCAGUUGGCUACGUCUUCAUUUAAGGAAUUGGUACGAUUUUGAUUAAUUUAUCUGGUUUUUGAAUAAUAUUUCUUCCAAAACUAAAGUAAUGAUGAUUUUAGAUCAGCACUAAAAACGAACUUAAUGCCAUAACAAAAGAACAUGACGACACUCUUCUCCUAUUGGCCGAGCAAGACGCUAAACUGACCAAUUAUCGUCGGCGGCUACGAAAACACAAUGAGCCAGUAACCGAUGACGAAGAUGAAGGUGUUCACAAUCAGAAUCAAGUGUAA